UAUACAGCAGCAGCUUCCUGUAGUUUACACCUGCCCAGAGGAGGGAGGGAUGCUCAGCUGAGUCCAGAAGGCAGAGCUUGGCUGGAACAGGCGACGACAACUUCUCUGCAUCUGUGCUUUCUUUCUUUUCUUUUUUUUUUCUUCCAUCCACUGGUCUUUAUAUCUGCUGUUUUUACUGUCUAAGGAUGCUGUUGCACGUCUCGUGUGUGGUUUGGGCUUCAACUGUCAUUUUUCUGCAAAACAGGUCUGCGCUCUGUAAGGAGAUGAAACUCCCCAGCAAGGCGUCCAGGCCCCCCUCACCAUCUGACUUUCUGGACAAACUGAUGGGACGCACAUCUGGAUACGACGCUCGCAUUAGACCCAACUUCAAAGGUCCUCCUGUCAACGUCACCUGUAACAUCUUCAUCAACAGCUUCGGAUCCAUCACCGAAACGACCAUGGACUACCGGCUGAACGUGUUUCUACGACAGCAGUGGAAUGACCCUCGACUGGCGUAUAAGGAGUAUCCAGACGACUCUCUGGACCUGGACCCUUCAAUGUUGGACUCCAUUUGGAAACCUGACCUCUUCUUUGCAAAUGAAAAAGGAGCCAACUUUCACGAGGUCACGACAGACAACAAACUGCUUCGGAUUUUCCAGAAUGGAAAUGUGCUCUACAGUAUCAGGCUGACACUUGUCCUCUCCUGUCCCAUGGAUCUGAAAAACUUCCCCAUGGACAGCCAGACGUGUACGAUGCAGCUUGAAAGCUUUGGCUACACCAUGAAUGAUCUUAUUUUUGAAUGGCUGGAUGUGGGAGCGGUGCAGGUGGCCGAUGAUCUGAUGCUCCCCCAGUUCGUGCUGAAAGAGGAGAAAGGCCUGGGCUACUGCACCAAGCACUACAACACAGGUAAAUUCACCUGCAUCGAGGUCAAGUUCUACCUUGAGCGUCAGAUGGGCUACUACCUGAUCCAGAUGUACAUACCGAGCCUGCUCACCGUCAUCCUGUCCUGGGUGUCGUUCUGGAUCAACAUGGACGCGGCUCCGGCCAGAGUCGGGCUGGGAAUCACCACGGUGCUCACCAUGACGACGCAGAGCUCCGGCUCCAGGGCCUCCCUGCCAAAGGUGUCCUACGUGAAAGCCAUCGACAUCUGGAUGGCGGUGUGUCUUCUUUUCGUGUUCGCCGCACUGCUGGAGUACGCGGCCGUUAAUUUCGUUUCGCGGCAGCACAAGGAGUUCUUCAGACUGAGGAGGAAGCUCAAAGAACAACAGCGGCAGAGAGCUCAGGCAAGUAGUGACAGUAAGGUGAAAGGAAACAACACGUCAGGCAACAACGCUCCUCACGGGAACGCGGCCCAGCAGUGCAGCGUCUGCGCCCGGGAGGAGGAGCUGGCACAACAGGGUUUACUCUUCCAGAGUUAUGGACUAUCAUUGUCAACAGGAACCGCAGCGGAAAUGGAUGCAACGCCCGUCUUUGCAGAUUUACCCCCCGGCUUAGGUUUCUACGACAUACGCCGGCGCUUUGUGGAUCGGGCAAAAAGGAUUGACACCAUCUCCCGAGCUCUUUUCCCCAUGAGCUUCCUCAUGUUUAACGUCCUCUACUGGCUCACCUACAAAGUUCUACGACAUGAGGACCUUCUAGCCGCACUGUGACAACACAACCACUGAGGACCGUAAAGACAGUGGAUAACUUUAAUUCUGCUCUCAUCACUGAAACAUUUACAGGCUGAGAGUCCUCAGCCGAGCCAUGCAAGAUGCGUUGUGACUGCAUGUCCAGUGCCAUCGGAAAAUUCCAUGACAUGGAGGAGUCCAUCGGCCUCUUUAAAUUUUUAAUACUUAAAGAUAUGCACUCUUUAUUGGCACUGAUGCUUUAUGCAUUACAUGUCAGUGUACGUUAUGUGUGUACCGUCAGCAUCUGAAGAAUACGCUUCUUUGGA